UUUUUAGUUUUCCGGUGUGACGAAAAUAAGUCAAGAAAUGGGUUUCAGAUGUUACUUUAUUCGAUUGACCACACUAAGUUUAUUUGUGUUGCCAGGUGUAUUCCUACUAGAAUUAACACCGGCGACUGUUGAUGUCAUUGAAAAUUCUAGUGUCGCUUUGACAUGCUUAUUAACUGGUGACGUAUCAGCAUGGGGCAUAAAUAAUGAUGACAGCAGUACCAUCUGGGCGCGUAUAUACAAAUCAGAGGACGGCACAUGUCAGGCAUUCGGCUUUGUCAAUAACAGUUUAUUAUAUUCAUGGAAUUGUCAUAUAAAUGGAAGCUUCACUUUAACGUUGAUUAAAGUAGAUAGGUCACAACAUGGAAAUAUUUGGACGUGCAAGCAGGGAUUUUCGUUUAGUAAUCGAGUAGUUAUCAAUGUGAAAGUUCCCGUGGAAAAAAUUGAAGUUACUACGCCAAGCGAUAGCAAUGUAACAGUAUUAGAAAAUAAUUAUGAAUUGUUCAUAUGUAAAACGUCAUACAGCAGACCAACACCAUCUGUUCAAUGGUUAAUGCAAAUUGGAGAUAAAACAAGUCCAAUAAACACAGCUAGUUCUGUCGAAAUCGUAUCUGACGACAAAGGGUAUAACUCUACUAGAAGUCAGCUAAACAUAAGUGUCACUAGAGAAAAACAGGGAGCAAAAAUAUUUUGUAAUGGUGCAAAUGGCUUAGGAUCAAAUGUUGUCUCUCGAAAAAUAACGCUUCAUGUAUUUUAUGCUCCAAAUCGAGGUCCUUAUAUUGACAAAGCUUUCAAUAACAGUUACUACAAAUUGAAGGAAAACAGCAAUUGUAAUAUCACAUGCAUAACCGUUGGGGGUUACCCGCCCCCAAAACUAUCAUGGAACUGCACUGGAACACAAUUCGAGUUUGAAAGGAAUGAGGAGGUAGGAUUAAAUUUACAGUGGCUGGCAAAACGUGAUGAAGACAGAGUUUGCACAUGUACAUCAAAUCAUGUGGUAGCGGGGAUUCAUACAGCUAUAAUAAAGAUAUAUAUAUUAUGUAAGAUUUAAUUUAUAUAUCCUUAUAACCCAGUUAUCCGGUUGACUAAAAUAUAUUUUAAAGGUAAUAUUAAUAUCAGUAAACUUAAUAUUUUGAUAGACAAAAU